ACAUUAUACUAAGUGAACUUUGACAAAUGGAUUACUCAAUAAGCACUUAUUCAUGUAUUCAGUUAUUUGAAUAUAUAUUUGAAAGAUAAUAUAUAUUGUGAAAUGAAAAAUAUUCAUAGAUAUGGCUUGUUUUAUUUCUUCAUUCAGAUGAUGGUGUAUAACCCUUGUAACAACAAUUAAAUGUGAAAAUGACGAUGAUCUAAAUAACGCAUUCAUCUUUACUCUGUAGUGAUAUAAUUAUGAUACUUAUAAAGAUUGUAACUUGUUAGAGCAGAGUAUUAAAUAUUAUGUUACAAUAUACAACUAUAAAAAUCAUGUAUCAUUCUAGAAAAGUUCAACUUUUAUUAAAAACGAAUUUAUUAACCUCGAAGACGUAUUCACAAACUACUAAUCCUAAGCAGCUUGUCAAAAUUGAUAAAGUACUUAUUGCAAACAGAGGAGAAAUAGCAUGUCGAAUAUCGCGAACAGCCAAAAGAUUAGGAAUCAAAACUGUAGCGGUGUACAGUGAUGCAGAUAGAAAUGCAAUGCACGUGAAUCUUGCCGAUGAAGCAUAUUGUAUCGGUCCAGCACAAUCUAGUCAAAGUUAUUUAAGACAAGACAAAAUAAUAUCUGUCGCUAAACAAUCAAAAUGUCAAGCUAUACAUCCAGGAUAUGGUUUUCUUUCAGAAAAUACUGAAUUUGCAGAAUUAUGUCAAAAAGAAAAUGUCAUAUUUAUUGGACCUCCUGCAAGUGCGAUUAGAGAUAUGGGUAUAAAAAAUAAAUCUAAGAAAAUCAUGGCUAAUGCUGGGGUACCUGUCAUAGAAGGUUAUCAUGGGGACGAUCAAUCCAAUGAAACUUUGCUAUCAGAAGCCAAAAAAAUUGGUUUCCCAUUAAUGAUAAAAGCGAUACGUGGUGGAGGUGGCAAAGGUAUGAGGAUUGUUCUAAAUGAAAAUGGAUUUUUGGAUGCUUUAGAAUCGGCAAGAACUGAAUCACAAAAAGCAUUUGGUGAUUCUGCUGUUCUUUUGGAACAAUACGUUGAAAAACCGAGACACGUUGAGGUACAAAUAUUUGCAGACAAACAUGGCAAUGCGGUUUACUUAUUUGAAAGAGAUUGUUCUAUUCAAAGGAGACAUCAAAAAGUUAUUGAAGAAGCACCUGCUCCUGGUAUAUCUCCAGAAUUACGAAUAGAAUUAGGAGAAACUGCUGUUCGUGCUGCAAAAGCUGUUGGUUAUGUCGGAGCUGGUACCGUAGAAUUUAUCAUGGAUCCAAUUAACUACAAUUUCCACUUUAUGGAAAUGAAUACACGUCUUCAGGUAGAACAUCCUGUUACGGAAGCAAUUACGCGAUUGGAUCUAGUAGAAUGGCAAUUAAAAGUAGCUGCUGGUGAAAUACUUCCUUUAAAGCAAGAAGAAAUCCAUCUUCAUGGACACGCUUUUGAAACUAGGAUCUAUGCUGAAAGUCCAAGAAAUGGUUUUUUACCUGGUGCAGGACAUUUGUCUUAUUUGAGAACUCCUGAAACAUCGGAAACUGUUAGAGUUGAAACUGGUGUUAAGGAAAACGACGAUGUAUUGGUUCAUUAUGAUCCGAUGAUAGCUAAAUUAGUUGUUUGGGGAGCUAACAGAAAUGAAGCGCUUAGAAUUCUUAAAUCUAAACUUAGCGAAUAUAAUGUAGCUGGGCUUGAUACAAAUAUUGAAUUCAUUAAAGAUAUAUGUUCUCAUCCUAAGUUUCAAAAUGGUGAAGUUCAUACGGGUUUUAUAGAGGAAAAUAGUAAAGAAUUAUUUACAGAUUUACGUAUUCCUAAUAGCAUAUUGAUGCAAAGUGCUCUUGCACUAAUUUUAUACGAAGAAAUGAAUGCUUUAGUUAUAUCUUUCAAAACGAAUAAUCCUUUUAAUCCAUUUGCUACAGAAACUGGUUAUAGAUAUAAUCAUAUAUUAAAUAGAACAUUGAACUUUACCGUCAAUGAUCAGAAUAUGGAAGUUAGUGUUAAAUAUGUCGAACCUGAAAUAUAUUCUAUGAGAGUUAACAAUAUUGGCCCAUGGAGACAAGUACGUGGUACAUUGAAGAAAAUAAAUAAUGCACUAGAAUUAAAUAUAGAAAUAGACGGAUUAAUUACGAGAACAAGAGUUACCAAACUUGGAAAUAAAUUGCAUUUAUUUACCAAUACACAAGAAUGGCAAGUGAAUAUACCCAAUCCUAAAUUUGUAUCGGAACUUAACAAAUCUGUUGAAUUAAAUCCUUCGGCAGCAAUUAGUCCUAUGUCUGGUAUAAUAGAAAAAAUAUUUGUUAAAAAAGGUGAUAAGGUUCAACAAGGUGAUUCAUUAGUUGUUAUCGUAGCCAUGAAAAUGGAACACGUAAUUAAAGCAUCUAUUGAUGGAGUUGUCGAAGAUGUUUUAUAUUCGGUAGGUGAUAACGUAUCAAAGGAUAAUCUUCUUGUUAAAUUAUCAGAAAUAAAAGAAUAACCUUA